CCCUGUAAGAAGGCCACGCUUUGUCUCUAAACUCCGUUCUUUGCCGAUCGACUUAUCUCAGUUGACGAGUUUUUACGAAUCACCACGGGUUCCUUCGUGCACGUGUUGUCACGAUCUGUCGGCGGGAAGGUGAGAGGGAUACUCCACCGAGGAAAUUGUGUGGGUUUCAGUUGGUUAGCAGUCAUGGCUGAGUUAGAACUGAAAAAUGACCUUCCAGAAGCCAAAAAACCCUUAAUUUCACCCAAGAUAGGUACACACAAUGGAACCUUUCACUGCGAUGAAGCCCUUGCUUGCUUUAUGCUGAAACAGCUUCCAGAGUAUAGACAUGCUGACAUUGUACGGACAAGAAAUCCAGAAGAGCUGGCAAAGUGUGAUGUUGUGGUAGAUGUUGGGGGUGUUUAUGAUCCAGAGAAACAUCGAUAUGACCAUCAUCAAAGGAGCUUUACAGAUUGUAUGAACACCCUUCGUCCAAGUAAGCCAUGGGUGACCAAACUUAGCAGUGCUGGGCUGGUUUAUCUUCAUUUUGGACAUCGGGUGGUCUCACAAGUGUUGAAGACUAAAGAAAAUGAUGCUGUGACCAAUGAGAUCUAUGACAAAAUCUACGAAAAGUUCAUUCAGGAAAUUGAUGCUAUUGACAAUGGGAUCAGUCAAAGUGAUGAUGAACCACGCUAUUGCAUCACAACAAACCUGAGCUCUCGUGUAUCACAUCUUAAUCCAUCCUGGAAUGAUCCAAAUCCAAAUGCUGAGCUACAAUUUCAAAAGGCUGUGAAUUUAGUUGGAGAGGAGCUGUUAAAUAGAAUUUGUUACUACAGGGAUGCAUGGCUUCCUGCAAGGAGUUUGGUUGAAGCAGCAAUAAUGAAAAGAAAAGAGGUUGAUCCAAGUGGAGAGAUCAUUGAGCUUCAAGAAAGGGGUUGUCCUUGGAAGGAACACUUGUUUGAAUUAGAGAAGGACUUAAAUAUUGAUGUACCAAUAAAAUUUGCCAUAUACAAAGACCAAAACAACAACUGGAGGGUGCAGUGUGUUUCCGUGCGUCCUGAUUCCUUUGUUAACAGACUUAGCUUGUUAGAGGAAUGGCGUGGAGUAAGAGAUGAACAGCUCAGUUCACUGAGUGGAAUAAAAGGCUGCAUAUUUGUUCAUGCCAGUGGUUUCAUUGGAGGAAAUGAGACAAGAGAAGGAGCUUUAGAAAUGGCAAGAAAGACUCUACAGCACCGAGACAGUUUUGCAAAUGGAAAGUGUUACUCUGAUUCAGAAUUAAUGCAAGUUGAAAGCAAAGAAAAUUAACUUCAGACUUCCAGAGUGCAUUGUAAAAAUUUGAUGUCAUUUGUGUAAUACUGUGCCAAUAGUGAUGUAUGUGGUGUUAAGAACAUAUCUUGCUGAGUAAAGUGUGAAAACAACCACUUAAAAAAUAUAUGUAUUUGCUAUGGAAUUGUGUGUUUCACUUAAAGAGAAACUUCCAUUAAGUUA